GGGCGGUGCGCGCGGGUGCGCGGGAAGCUCGGGCUCCCGGGCUGCGCGGCCUGGGCGGCGUCCCCCGGCUUGGGUCCCCAGCUAGGACAGCCAGUCCUAAGGGGUCUGUAGGACACUUGCUGAGCUGGGUCCUGUCCCGCCGCACAGAGGAACGGAGAACUUCGCAGCCCUGAGGCUAUCUGCCCGUGUCCGGCGCGGGAGCCGGAGCUGCCGUCUCCUCACCCAGCGGAGGCUUCAGAGGGCACCGCCCACCGGGGCCCCGGGGCCUCCAACCGGGCGAAGUUUCUACUGCUACCAGGAUCCCUGGCCGGGAUGCACUUCAGCACGGUCACCAGGGACAUGGAAGGCGAAUGUUCCCCACGUUCCAAGUGAAGCUCUUCGGCAUGGACCCCAUGGCUGACUACAUGCUGCUCAUGGACUUUGUGCCGGUAGAUGACAAGCGCUACCGGUAUGCCUUCCAUAGUUCCUCCUGGCUAGUAGCUGGCAAGGCAGACCCUGCCACACCGGGCCGAGUGCACUACCACCCUGACUCACCUGCCAAAGGUGCACAGUGGAUGAAGCAAAUUGUGUCCUUCGACAAGCUCAAGCUGACCAACAACCUGCUGGACGACAAUGGCCAUAUUAUUCUCAACUCCAUGCACAGAUACCAGCCUCGCUUCCAUGUUGUCUAUGUGGACCCACGCAAAGAUAGUGAGAAAUAUGCAGAGGAGAACUUCAAAACCUUUGUAUUCGAGGAGACACGCUUCACUGCGGUCACUGCCUACCAGAACCACAGGAUCACGCAGCUGAAGAUUGCUAGCAACCCUUUUGCCAAAGGCUUCCGGGACUGCGACCCUGAGGACUGGCCCCGGAAUCACCGGCCCGGUGCACUGCCGCUCAUGAGCGCCUUUGCGCGCUCGCGGAACCCGGUGGCCUCUCCAACGCAGCCCAACGGUGCGGAGAAAGACCCUGCUGAGGUCCGGCGAGAAUUCGAACGCGACGCGGGCGGGUCAGCCAUGCUCGGGGACCCCGCGCAUCCACCGCAGCUGCUGGCCCGGGUGCUGAGCCCCGCGCUGCCCGGAGCCAGUGGCGCCAGCGGCCUCGUCCAGCUGCCCGGCGCGUCCGGAGGCCGACCCAGUCCCCCGCACCCCGAGCUGCGCCUGGAAGCGCCCGGCGCAUCGGAGCCCCUACACCACCAUCCUUACAAGUAUCCGGCCGCAGCCUACGACCACUACCUCGGGGCCAAGAGCCGGCCAGCGCCCUACCCGCUACCGGGUCUGCGAGGCCACGGCUACCACCCGCACGCGCACGCACACCCGCACCACCAUCACCCUGCGGUGAGUCCAGCUGCUGCUGCCGCUGCUGCCGCGGCAGCUGCUGCUGCCGCCGCCAACAUGUACUCGUCUGCUGGGGCUGCGCCGCCCGGCUCCUACGACUACUGCCCCAGAUAAUGCAAGCCGCAACUGCGCUCUGGGCCCUGACCCACGGAAGCCCCGCGCAGCCCUGAGGGCCAUCAAAGGACACUUUCUCCCAGGCCCGGUGCCCACCUCGGGUCCUGUCCUUCCCCAAUCUUGAAGUCAUUAGGGUCCUCCACCCUCCAGCCCUGAAAACUAUCCGGUCACUUCAACCCCGGAGAAAACAGGGUUCCUUUCCCAGCCCCAAGGGCCACGGGGGAUCCCGCCCGACAGUGCCAAAGCGCCGGGUCGGAGAUGGAAGGAAGUGCUAUUUAUUGUUUUCCCCAAGUCCGCGAGACCGCAACGACUCCGUCCCGCCGGUAGUGGCAAUGUAGACGACCCAAGAGCUCCGCCUGCAGGCGGUGUAGAUACAUGUAGAUAAGUGUAGAUACUGUAGAUACCGCGCGGGCGCUGAUGAUAAAUGGUUUCGCUUCUUUUGGAA